AUGGCGCAGUCAACAAGUCCGUCAAAACCCCUGCAAGGUGGCUCAACCGAUGAUCACCAAGCAAAUAACUCUCGAGGCAUACCUUCUAACCCUGAUGUCCCAAUAGAUCCUUCGAUUUCGCAGGCUAGCCCAACCUACCCUCCCUAUUCUCCUUAUGGCCCUCAAGAUCAGGGUAUGCACCAAGGCUAUCCCCCUCAAGGCCACGGCUACAACAUGCCGCCGCGCCCACCUCACGAUCAAGGCUGGGGCGGUUACCCUCCUCAACAUGGGAUGCCUGGGCCAUACCAACACCCUGGCCCCGUUCAGGGCCCGCCUCCGACGAGCGCGGGUGCGCGACCCGGCCAGCAGGUGUACUCGUUCGUGCCCAUUCCCGGAGCUCAGCAACACAAGCGCCCGCGUCGCCGCUAUGAAGAGAUUGAGCGCAUGUACAAGUGUGGUUGGAAUGGGUGCGAAAAGGCGUACGGCACACUUAAUCAUCUCAACGCGCACGUAACGAUGCAAUCGCAUGGCUCAAAGCGAACUCCAGAAGAAUUCAAAGAAAUCCGCAAGGAGUGGAAGGCUCGCAAAAAGGAGGAGGAGAGCGCACGCAAGGCUGAAGAUGAGCGAGCGCGUGCCGCCGCACAAUCUGCCCAGCAAGUCGACGGGCAGCAGCCUGACCCUCAACACGUAGCUCAACCUGGUUAUCAGCAGAACGGAGGCCGUCCUUCGCUUCCUCCGAUCGGUUACCAAGGUGGCGAACCUCAACACCAAGGCCAGUACGCCCCUCAGCAACCUGGUGGCAUGGUCUACCCUCAACAAAACGGUCAAAUGCCAGCCUAUGCCAACUACCCGAACUCGCCUUACGGCCAACAAGGUCAACCAGUGUACUCCCAACGUCAGUACUGA